UGGUGGGUAAAACCGAUACCGUUUCCUGUUCUCCAAUUAAUACAAAGAAAGCAUCCACUUUUUCAAAGAGAAGUUCAGAUCGCACCACCACCGCCAUCACCAUCAUUAAUUAUCAUUAGUAUUAUUUAUAUAAUAUUAAAGAAAAACUCAACAAUUAACAAGAGUAAGAGGAAGAAUGUCGUCAACAGAUAAAGUGAAGGCAUCACAUAUAUUGAUAAAACAUCAAGGAUCUCGAAGGAAGGCAUCAUGGAAGGAUCCAGAAGGCCGUAUAAUAACAAACACGACAAGAGAAUCUGCUGUUUCUCAGCUUAAAUCACUCCGUGACGACAUCGUUUCAGGCAAAUCUAAGUUUGAAGAUGUCGCUUCUCGUUACUCUGAUUGCAGCUCCGCUAAACGCGGUGGCGAUCUCGGACCAUUCGGAAGGAAUCAGAUGCAGAAACCCUUUGAGGAUGCAACAUAUGCACUUAAGGUCGGAGAAAUAAGUGAUAUUGUUGACACUGACAGUGGAGUUCACAUCAUCAUGAGAACAGGCUAACUGGAUGCUGGAGACGGAUGAUCUGAAUGUUAUCUGGCCCAAUGAGUGCCAUAUUUAUAAUUUCAGUUUUUAUAUCAGAACAAUAAGACCAUGUUUAUCCUUUCUUCUGUUAUUGUGACUUGAGUUCUGGAUUCCAUAUAUUUUGAUAUUUAUUUUUGCGUGAACAA